AUGUCGAAAGUAGUGAGUAACAAAGAGAAGAAGUCCUUCAGUAAGAAGCUCUUCCGGAGGAGCUCGGUGCGCUCCGUGGGCAGCUUUAUGAACAGAGUGCUCCGGACUCUGUCCACUCUGUCCCACUUCAGCACCGAUGAGCAGAGCGAGCAGGACGACAAGGACAAGGAGUCUGCGCUCAUCCCCGCCACCACCGGAGGCUCGGCCGCGUCCGAUGACAGCGACUGUGGCGGCUUCCCCUUCUUUGGGGACAAAGUACCAGGAGUAGCGGGCCUCAAGAACCACGGGAACACCUGCUUCAUGAACGCCAUCCUCCAGUGUCUGAGUAACACUGAGCUGUUCGCCGAGUACCUGGCUCUGGAGCAGUUCAGCGGCAGUGAGACCGCGAGCAGCAGUGACAAGCCCAAGGCCAACGGGGUGGUCCUGGUGCAGAAGAGGGGCAGCCCGCCUCAGCCAGAUUCAGGGGAGGUCACCAAACAGCUGUCCGGCCUGGUCCGCGCGCUCUGGACCUCUGAGUACACGCCCCAACACAGCAGGGACUUCAAGAACGUGGUGUCAAAGAGCGCGCUCCAGUUCAGAGGGAACUCUCAGCACGAUGCUCAGGAGUUCCUGCUCUGGCUCCUGGACCGUGUGCAUGAAGACCUCAACAACAUCGUGCACCCUGACAGCAGGCCACCCAUCAAGCCACCAGUAGAGGAAGAAAGUGCUCCAGAAGGCUCUCCACUACCAGCACCUGGAUCUUUUGUACAGGAACUGUUUCAGGCACAAUACAGGUCGUCUCUGACUUGCCCUCACUGCCAGAAACAGAGCAACACCUUUGAUCCUUUCCUCUGCAUCUCACUGCCAAUCCCAGUACCUCACACACGGCCCCUUUAUGUGACAGUGGUGUACCAGGGAAAGUGUUCCAACUGCAUGAGAGUCGGGGUGGCCGUUCCUCUGUCCGGCACUGUGGCCAGGCUCAGGCAGGCGGUGGCUCAAGAAACCAAAAUCCCAGCUCAACAGAUCGUCCUGACUGAAAUGUACUAUGACGGCUUCCACCGCUCCUUCUGUGACGACGACGAUGACCUGGAGAUCAUUCAGGAGAGCGACUCCAUCUUUGCCUUCGAGACCCCAGAGCUCUUCAGACCAGACCAGAUCCGCUCCAAGAGAGGCGGGAGUCCACAUGCGAAUCUCAAUCAGAACAACCUAAAGUACGGUACAGAUAAUAACCGGAUCUCCACGCAGAUUCAAGAACCUCCCCCCAGCCCCCCACCCAGCCCCAACAAGAACAGUGGGCAGGCUGAAAAGAUCGUGCUCCUAGUCUGCAACAGAGCUUGUGCUGGGCAGCAGGGACGCAGGUUUGGAAAUCCAUUUAUUCUGUACUUGGAGCGAACAGUGACAUGGGACACCCUUCAGAAAGAGAUCCUAGAAAAGAUGAGGCAUCUCAUGAGGCCCGGAGUUAUUGUUCAGGUUGGGCCCUUCACUUUACGUGUGGUGGGGGUGGUUGGAAUUACAUAUCUCUUGCCUCAGGAAGAGCAACCACUCAUCCAUCCUUCAGUGGAGAGGGCAUUCAAGUCUUGUGGCCCAGGGGGACCGCCUCACGUCAAAAUAGUUGUUGAGUGGGACAAAGAGACAAAAGACUAUCUGUUUAAGAGAACAGAGGACGAGUACAUCCCAGAUGCUGAAAGUGUGCGACAGGUGAAGGAGCAACACCUGCAGCCUCAGACGUGCUCCCUGGCUCAGUGCUUUCAGCUCUACACCAAAGAGGAGCAGCUGGCCCCAGACGACGCAUGGCGCUGCCCUCACUGUAAGCAGCUGCAGCAGGGCAGUAUCAAGCUGAGCCUCUGGACUCUCCCGGACAUCCUCAUCCUCCACCUGAAGCGCUUCAGACAGGACCAGGACCGCCGCGUCAAGAUGCAGAACAUGGUCAAGUUCCCCCUCACCGGCAUGGACAUGGCGCCCCAUAUGGUCAAGCGGAGCCAGAGCAGCUGGAGCCUGCCAUCCCACUGGUCACCAUGGAGACGACCUUAUGGCAUGGGCCGUGACCCAGAGGACUACUUGUACGAUCUGUACGCUGUGUGUAACCACCACGGCACCAUGCAGGGGGGGCAUUACACAGCUCACUGUAAGAACUCCAUUGAUGGGCAGUGGUACUGCUUUGACGACAGCGAUGUCCAUCCUAUAUCAGAAGAGGAAGUGUGCAAACAGACUGCCUACAUCUUGUUUUAUCAAAGGAGGGCCACUAUUCCAUCUUGGUCAGCCAACAGUUCUGUGGGAGGGUCGACCAGUUCUUCACUGUGUGAGCACUGGAUCAGUCGGCUGAUGGGGAGUCGUCCUCCGAGUCAGGCCUCCUCUGGCUCUUCCAGACGCACCUCUCUGGCCUCUCUGUCCGAGUCUGCUGAGUUUGCGGGUGAAAGGAGUGAAGACGAUGGACUAUCCAGUCGUCCAGCUGUCAGAGGAAUGCAGCGGCAGAGUUUCUCAUCUCGCUCUUCCAUCGCGAGCCCUUUAGCGCUCAGUGAAAAUGGCACCAAACCCUCGUGGUCCCACUCAGCUAAGCUCCAGCUCCGCUCUAACUCACCCUCACGGUUCUCCCUGGAAUCCCACUCCUCCUCCCCCACCCUGGAGAGGAUUGGAGAAGUGGCGGACAACAUCACCUGCUUCAGCGGAUCUCCCAAACUGGAGCGUCUGUCCUGCCAUCACGGAGCCAGGAGACUUAUAGACCAGGUCCACUCCAGAGCUGUGGCACAGGCAGAGCAGAGGACCUCAACACAGACUGCAGAUAACAACAAUGCGGUGAGUCCAGCAGAGUCCACCAGCCCACGCCACACACCAAUAGUGAAGGAACCAAAACAGAGGACUACAACUCAGGAUGUGGCAAAGAAAAGCUCUGCUAAACCUGGGCUGGACAGUGAACGAAGUCCAAAAAGACGCGCGGCUACCUCCUCAACAUCCUCCAGCUCUCUGUCGCCCGCAUCGCCCGCCGUCGACAAAUCACCAUCCCGAAUGCAGAAGAGUGCCGUGUCUCCUUCUAACCCGAAAGACAAGAGCGAUGUUUUGCCCAAAGCGGCUAAGACCAGUUCCUCAAGGACCGCAACUCCAUCUAAAAGAGGGUCUCCGCAGUCACAGGAUUCACUACACCCCGAUUCCCAACAGCGGAAAAGCGGUUCUCCGGGAUCUUCAAGUUCUCAUGGUCAGCGUAGGCCUUCACCCAGAGCUGGAGCAGAGAGAAGCUCGUCAUCUGCAAGGACUAAAGCAGCGGACAGGAGCGCUAGCCGGGAAUCUCCUCGGACAUCUACUGCUUCUGAGAGGAAAGUGAGCCAUGCUGGGCCACCAACCAGGGCUGGAGCUGCAAGUAAGGCAGAAGGCAGACCAACCAGGCCCACCGUGGAGCACCGGGGAGUGGGUAGAAGCUCCAGCAGUAGUUCCUCCAUGACCAGUUUAAGAUCGUCAAGUGUGGGGGUGUCAACUACUAGCGCAGCACCACCAGCCCGGGCGCGCAGGAACAGUAAGACAGAGGAUAAGGGUCUGUCCUUUUUCAAAUCCGCUCUGAGGCCGAAAGACACACGCACAGGGAAAGCAGAGACCAAAGGAAGUCAAGAGGAUGGAGUCGGGGAUGGGAAAGAUGUUCAAGGAGCUAAUAAAAAACCUUCUGAAGUUUCACCCAAUCAGGCCAAAGACAAGGAAACGGCGAAGACCUCCACAGCAGCUAAACCGCCAUCGCUACCGCCCACAAAGUCCAAAACCUCUGGGACUGAGUCCACCACGACGGCCUCCGCUAAUGCUAAAGACAACAAAAAGGAGCCAAGCAAAAAACCAAUGCAGACCAGGAAGAUUCCCAUUAACUCCACACAGAAUAGCCAGAGGUCCAAAUAAUGUCAUGUGGGUGGUCUCUUGGGCAGCUCUAGUGUUUCUAUGAGACCUUGUGAAACAUCUGUAGCUCCUUGUUGGUUACUGAACACCAGCUGCCAUGUUGAACCAGACACUUACACAACAGUUCUACAGGAAUGGAUUUUAACAAAGCACUUUGUAUGGGUUGCAUUGAUAUAUUGAGGAAUAUAAAUGAUACUAAUGUAUUGUACAUAAGCAUGGACUGCACAUGUAUUGAAAUGAUUGCCUUGUUCUGUCUGUAGCAUAGCUGGACAAAGCCACCUCAGCAGGUGGUGAGUUUAAGUGACUUUGCACAAGAUGGAAAGAAGGACUACUGAGUUACCAAAUGAAGUUUACUGGCAAUUCUUAACAUGCUGAUGCAGAGAAAUUAUCCAAAAAUCUCCUUAUAUACCGCUCUCUGUCAGGUUUCAGAGCGUUAUAUCAACAACGUCAGUGCCUCAGAUAAUCAUAGUAUUUAAUCUGAAUUGUAUAACUGCAGGUUAUAAAUUUAUAUUAAAUUUUAAUAUUUAUUAAGCACUAAAAAUGUAAUUUCAAGUAAACCAUGAUUAAGCCUAUUUAACCCAAACUGCUGUUUACAUAUGCUCCUUGAUGUAGUCAUUGUGCAAGAGCCUUUAAAGUAUUUUUAAUCAGCCAAAUGAUAAAGGAGACAGGAGAGAGAAGUGCAGGAUUGGACCAUGUCUUUGGUGUAUACGUGUAUAUGGAGCGCUCCUAAGUGUCUGUUUUCUUACUGAUCAGUUAGCCUCAUAGACACCACAGCCCCUGCUCUGCUCAUGCCACACGGGACAUGGGAGAUGGAUCUCCUGACUGCCACACCUCUCCCAUCCCUCUCAGAUGAACAGGGUUAUGUACAGAAACAACACUCACCAUGCACUCACCUUCUGUUGGGACCUUUACGCCAAACACACGGCUUGUACAAAGAGUGGACGCAAUGACAGCUUGGUUUAGUCUUUUACAGAAUCAUAUCCAUUACAGCAUUGCAGAAUGGAUAUA